GAGCUUGGUGGUAUUGAUUUACUGCUAUCGCAUCGUAUACUCCUGAUUGGCCAUUACAGUCUAUCACUUAUCAGCGCAUUAAUGCUGCUGCCUGAUGAUAAGCCAAGCAACAGUCGCUUGUAUCUCACGACUCUGUGAACAAGCAAAUAAAUCAGUUUUGCUUAGUUGCUUAUAAACGACUAGCCGGUUAUAGUAGCGCCGUUAUUGCACUGAUAUUUGAGUUCUUACAGAUCAAAAGUCUCAUAAUUACAAAAUGACUACGACAGGUGUUAAGCGGGUGCUCUCCAUUCAAAGUCACGUAGUGCACGGCUAUGUGGGCAAUAAGGUGGCUACCUUUCCCCUCCAGCUUCUCGGCUUCGAUGUGGAUCCGUUGAAUUCUGUCCAGUUUUCAAAUCACACAGGCUACAAUUGCUUCAAGGGUCCAAUAUCUACUGAAAAAGAAUUGGCGAACAUAUUCGAGGGUCUGGAGGAGAAUAAGUUACUGGGUCACUACUCCCAUUUACUGACGGGCUACAUCGGCAAUCCCUUGUUUCUGCGUCAAGUUGGAGAGAUUCUGCGAAGGAUCCGCAUAGCAAAUCCCGAUCUGAUCUAUGUAUGUGACCCCGUCAUGGGCGACAAUGGCAGCAUGUACGUGCCCAAAGAGCUGCUGCCCGUGUAUCGGGACGAGAUCAUUCCUUUAGCUGACAUCGUGACGCCCAACCAGUACGAAGUCGAACUGCUCACAGGCAAGGAGGUUCGCAGCGAGGCGGCUGUUUGGGAGGCGAUGGAUUGGUUCCACGAGCGCAAAAUAAAGACGGUUGUUAUUUCCAGUAGCGACUUGGGUCAGCCGGGCAUUCUUCGCGCGUUCUUGAGCCAGAUGAAUGGGCCAAGGCUAGCUAUCGAUAUACCCAAGCAAGGAGACAAGGAUCUGUUUUUUACUGGCACCGGUGAUCUCUUUGCCUCACUCUUUCUGGCUCACAGCCAUGCCAGCGGCGAUGUCACCGAAGCGUUCGAAAAAACCAUUGCCACCCUGCAGGCCGUAAUCAGGCGCACAGUCGAGCAGAUGCCCGGACAACGGUCCAGUGGAUCUGUUCAGGCCUGGGAGCGAGAGCUAAAACUCAUUCAAAGCAAAUCGGAGAUCGAACACCCGAAGGUAGUGCUCAAAGCCCAACGCCUCAACUAGAGCAGCACAGUGCGCACUCAACGAAACGGACAAUACAAUGAACAAUACUUAUCUAAUCCAAAUAUACAUGCCAGAAUAUUAAUGCCCCUUACAGUCGA